AGAGCUGGUGACGUGGUGUGAUGAUCGAGACCCAAGAAAAGAUGAUGACUUGAGAGGGACUUUUUGGACUCACCACAAGAUAGUCUUUCAAUGAACAUCUGCCGAAGAGCAUCCAACUUGGCACUGCGCUUUUUUCUCGCUAAAGCCAAAACUUGUCUGUGACUAGGCCUUUCUUCAUCGUGCAUCCGGAGCGACUAGUGGACAAGCUGCGAAGAUUUUGCGGUUUCUGAGGCUUAUGUUUGGAAAACCGCAGGAUUCUCCAUAGAGAAGCAACUAGCAUCUUGGACGGAAGUUUCAGUGAAGUCUGAAGAGUUCAACAUCUGUGAUUGUUUGUGUCUGGAAAGACUCGACGCAUGAAAUUGAGAUGUGAAGUGUGACGUGCGGAGGAUUUUCUCACAUACCAGGGCGUCUCUAUUAAAAAAAGGGCUAUAAUGCUCAGAUCUUUGGAGUGAUAUUGGUGGAAAAGAUGCCUGGGAAAUGCUGGUAUGUGCUACAAUAUCGUGAAGUGUGAGUGACAGUGGGGUCAGAGACUGUUUGAAAGAUGCACCUCGCAUCUGAAGUGAGUUCCACAACGAAUUCAGUGCCUCUAGAAGGCUCUGAAAUGCAAAUGAACAGCACAAAUGGAAGUAGCGGGGGCACCGGGAGUGCUGGCAGCAGUGCCACUGCCAAUAAUUCAUCUAUGACUGCUCUGACUGCGGAGAAUCUGGCUGAGCGCACUCUCGAGGGUCUCAUGGCUGAGCAUCCGGGCGAACUCGUGCGGACGGGAUGCCCACACGUGGUGUGCACGGUGCUGCCUCAGCACUGGCGAUCAAACAAAACCCUCCCGGUGGCAUUCAAAGUGGUGGCUCUCGGUGAGGUCGGUGAUGGUACUCUGGUCACCGUGAUGGCGGGCAAUGACGAGAACUACUGCGGCGAAUUGCGAAAUAGUACGGCCGUGAUGAAGAAUCAAGUGGCUAAAUUCAACGAUUUGCGGUUUGUAGGUCGAAGCGGAAGAGGCAAGAGCUUCACUCUCACAAUUGUGAUAUCAACCGUUCCCAUGCAAAUUGCCACAUACACGAAAGCAAUUAAGGUGACUGUUGAUGGUCCAAGAGAGCCACGUUCGAAAGUGCGUCACCAAGGCUUCCAUCCAUUUGCAUUUGGUCCACAGAGAUUUGCGCCAGAUCCUUUAAUGGGAGGUCUUCCAUUUAAGCUCUCAGGAUUCGCUCAUCACUUGGCCGGAAUGCCGGGGGCUCACUUGGCUGGCGACUGGCGUGCUCUUGGGGCGCGUCACAACUUUCCACCGGCUCAAUUCCUCCAUCAUCACCACCCACCACAAUUUAAUCCACAUAUGCUGGCGACGAUGGAUCGCAUGGAGAGGUCGAUGAAUGGGUCACCGCGAGCGCUAAAUCAAAUCUCGUGCAAUCCGCACAGUACAACGAGUCCCAAGGGGUCACCGGGGCAUUUGUCCGUGGCUGCUACGGCGGGCGGUGAGCCUGGACGCGCCACGCCGGAUGAAAAUGGCGACAACAACAACAACGUCGAUGGUGCCAGCUAUGAGAGUGACAACAACAUAUCAGUGACGGGCUCACCGCGGAUUGUGCACUCGUCAUCGUUGGAGGAUGGCGAGGAGAAGAGAAGUCCCACGCCGACGGGCGCCUUCACGUCCUUCAUCCACCGUGGAAAUGCAGGAGACACUUCUUUGGCGUCCAUGAAGAAGACCAAUGAUCUGCUAUCGGGCUUCUCUGGGCAUCUGCAUCAUGCACCCUUCAAUCAUGCUCUCGCGGCGCAACUCUUUCUGCAAACACCGCUUAUUCCGCCGCCAAGUCAGUGGCUGUACACGCAGUUGUAUGGCAAUUAUCAUGAUUUCCCGUGGUUCAGGAACACUUUCCGUGGUGGUACGAGUCCGGAAUCAACUGAAUCUCCGCCUGGACUUCUGAAGCGAUCCUCAGUGACUUUGAUUUCACAUUCUGGUCACGAUGUGGCGAAUUCAGGCAAGGAGGACGCAGAAAAUCGCUCAUCGCCGCCCGUAAGCUCGAGCAAGAGAUCUCCCAGUCCUGAGGAUAUGGAAGAGACCAGGAGUGAGAAGAAAUUGGACACGACUGGAGCGGCGAAUCGAUGUCGUACACCCAAGCAUAGCGACGUCUGGAGGCCCUACUAAUACAGAACAAGAUGGAAUGAUAUCUUUAAAGUUCCGGUGAUUAAUUUAAUUUCCCUUUACUUUCCCAUUGUCAGCGAUAUCCUUCACCUUUACAAAUCACAUUUUGAUCUAUUCAGUUUGUGGUCAUUGGAACAUGAGAUGUGUGUAAAAAUGGGAAUUAUUCGUAACUUGUAAAUAAUUCAUCAGAAGUAGUUGUAAGGCAACAAUGUUGAUAGAUAAUGAAUAAUACUUGAAAAUAUAG